AUGUCAAGCGAGAGCAAAGUUGGUCGUGGAGUUCCACCUCGCUGGCUCGAUUGCCCACGCAAAGCGAUGAGGCUGAUCCAAGGCAAGUUUCUAGCUUUUAAGACUCCUCUGUCUUCGGCCUAUGAUAACCAGGUGCCUGAGGGUUGUCGGUUCACUGUGGACAUGUUCUUUGAAAAUCUGAAAAGUCAGAAACUGAAGAUGGGCUUGUGGAUAGAUUUGACUAACACGUCAAGGUUUUACGAUAAAGAUACCAUAGAGGAUUAUAAUUGUAGCUAUGUAAAGUUGCAAUGCCGUGGUCAUGGCGAGACCCCAUCUGAGGAACAGACUCGAGCCUUUGUGCAACUCUGUAGUAGUUUUAUUGCUCAUAAUCCAUUGGAGAUUAUUGGUGUACACUGCACACAUGGUUUUAACAGGACUGGCUUUCUUAUAAUCAGUUACUUAGUGGAAGUAGACAAUACCAGCGUCGAUGCUGGAAUAGCAGAGUUUGCUACUGCAAGACCUCCUGGAAUUUACAAAGCUGAUUAUAUAAAGGAACUAUAUAAACGGUAUGACGAUGAGACAGAUGCUCCACCUCCACCUGCGAGACCAGCAUGGUGUUUGGAUGAUUCCAAUAUUCUGGACACAGAAGAAGGCCCAAGCACAGAGAACGAAGAUUGUCGGGAUGAGAAAGGCAAAAAGAAGAGACGUGAAAUUUUUAAUAAAAAUCCAAUUUUUAUGGCUGGCGUACCUGGUGUUACCCCUAUCUUAGAAAAAAAGAAGCUAUUUGGAAUCCAGAGGCGAGUCAAAGACAUCUGUGGAUGGGAGGAUUCAGGAUUCCCUGGAUCUCAACCUGUAUCUAUGGAUUGUGACAAUAUAAUGCUCUUACAUACAAAGCCAUAUAGAGUAUCUUGGAAAGCUGAUGGCACAAGAUACAUGAUGUUAGUACAAGGUGACGGAGAGAUAUUUUUUGUAGAUAGAGAAAACAGCGUUUUUGAAGUUACUGGACUGACAUUUCCUCAUUUACGAGAAAAUCGAAAUUUGAGAGAUACUCUGAUGGAUGGUGAAAUGGUAAUCGAUAAAGAUAGGGGCAAGAAUAUUCCUAGAUAUUUGGUUUACGACGUUAUCAUGUACGAUGGACAGGAUGUUAGUAAAUUGCCGUUCCAUCCUGAUCGUUAUUCCGUUAUCGAAAAUAAAAUAAUCGCUGGUAGGCUAAGAGCUAUGAAGGAGGGACGAUUAAUAAAGGAACGGGAACCGUUCUCCGUGCGAUUGAAAUAUUUCUGGGAUGUAACACAGAGCAAAAAUCUGUUGGGCGAGAAAUUUGCUAAGCAGCUUUCUCAUGAACCAGAUGGCUUGAUAUUUCAACCUGCCAAGGAAAAAUACAUCUCGGGAGUGUGCCCCGAGGUCUUAAAAUGGAAACCAUUAUCAUUAAACUCAGUAGAUUUUAAACUUAAGAUAGUCACGGAAUCAGGCAUGGGAAUUCUGCCGCGAAAGAUUGGUCAUCUUUUUGUGGGAGGACUGAAUACGCCGUACGGCACGAUAAAGAUUACUAAGCAUAUGAGAGAUUUAGACAAUGCGAUUGUCGAAUGUAAAUUCGAAAAUGGUCAAUGGAUCUUCAUGCGUCAGCGAAUAGACAAGUCGUUUCCUAAUUCCAUUAAAACUGCCGAGUCUGUAUGUAAAAGCAUCAACAAACCUGUUACGAAGGAACGGCUUUUAGAUUAUAUCGAUAAAUACAGAUUUGUACGGGAUGAUUCAGAACUUAUGCCACCACCAAACAAAAAACCUAAUAUAGAUCGUACCGUGUUGUUGUGGUACACGAAAGACUUUACAUUGAAAGAUCGCAAAUCUCUGCGUGUUAACAUCGAAUUUGAUCACGCGACUUUAAUACGCUGGUCCCCGGAUGGAAAGGCAUUUAUUAUUCACAAGGCCGUGGCUAAUGCCAUCGAGGUGUACAAGAUCACAAAAAAAUCGGAUGGUUACUUAGCCUCUGCGACUAAAGCUCUGGAGUUUUCACAGCAUCAUACUGAGGAUGUCGUUGGAAUGGAUAUCGCUUGCACCGGGAAAUACAUCAUCACGUGCAGCAAAAUGAAUGAUCUUAUUAUUUGGGACUUGAAAGGACAGACACUGGCAACGGUGGAGAUGCAUUUAGGAUCUACUUAUCGCGCGCGUAUAUCACCUUGUGGCCGAUUCGUUGCUGCCUCGGGUUUUACACCGGACGUGAACGUAUGGGAGGUGGUCUUCAGUAAAUCCGGAGAGUUCAAGACAGUGGCUAAAGCAUUUGAUCUCGCCGGGCACUCAUCCGGGGUUCAUGACUUUGGUUUCAGUGCCGACACCAGUCACAUGGCUACCGUGUCCAAAGAUGGGACAUAUCGUUUCUACAAUACAAAAAUCGAAUUCGAGAAAGGAGAAGAUCCGCACCUUUUGACGACUGGCACCUGGAACACCACCGCAUCAGCAAGCCUUGUAUUAUCUCCAAACGCGGAGGUCCUCGUGAUCGCCCAUGGAUCGUCUAUAUCUUUCUAUUCUACUAUUACUGGUGUUCUGGAUACUACCAUAGAAGAUAUUUUCCUUGGGCCUAUAACAUGCUUGGCAUUUGAUGCUAUGGGAGAAUAUCUGUUGGCUGCGGGCGAUAAGCACAUCAAAAUUUUCCGUAAUGUCACAGGAUAUCGAACAGCAAUAGAGUCUGCUAAACGUAAACUGGAGCAGAGGCAGACACAGGCAACAAAGGAACGUUUGGAAAAAAUGAUUUGCGAUAACAAGGAAUUGCUUGAGAAGAUGGGCGAGAAAUGUUCAAAAUGACGUUAAUUUCUAUCGUUUUACGAGAUUGAAGAUAUAAAUAAAAUUAUUAUCUC